AUGUAUGUGUACGUGGUCGUGAUGGGACCGACCGACAACGACAACGACAACGACGGCGUCUGCGACGGCGACGACGAUGGUCGUUCACGCCUUUGCGUUAACGAACAGAGAAACGGCGGCGGAAAGAGCGUAGAGACGGACCGGUUUCGUUAUCUUUGUGGUAGAAAUGGAUGCUCGAAACUAGCAAAGGCCUCACGUGGCCGCAAGAUGAAAAGUCCUGGCGUUUUGGCGGACGGCGGCACGGCGCCAGUGAAACGUGGUGCCAGUCAAACACCGUCGCCAGCACCGCUGAAGACGUCUCGAAUAGAGUCGGAUACGAUGCCGUUCCGCAAUGGUAUUAUUGGUAUUGCUAAGUCUGACACUUCCGCCACAUGUACGCCUGGUUUUCCACUCAGCGUCGUCACACCACCGGGUGGUGGUACUGCUCACCAGACGACGCCACGUACUCCACUCUCAGCCGAUUCGAAAACACAGACCACAUCCGCAGAAUCCACUCAUCCGUCGGAUCCAGGACAUCGAACAUCAUCUGCGACGCCGUCCGGAAGCGGUACUGGCAAUCCGGCGUCAUCGCUGUUCGUGAAUACUUCGUCGGCAUCGCUUCUAACACAAGCUGGAUUACUGUCACAUCAAUUGGCAAACAGCCAACAACUCGGUGUUGAUCCUUUUCGACUUCUUCACAAUCCACAACUGGCCGCUAGCCUGUCUGCUGCUGCUGCAGCUGGGAAUCCGUUCUUCUCGAGCAACAAUAGUGCCACAAUCCCAUUGUUGCACAUGUUGCAACAACAACAGCAACAACAACAACAGCAGCAACAACAGCAACAACAACAACAGCAACAAGCGUUACAGUUACAGCAAGCUGCACUUGUUGCGGCGGCUGCCAGUGGCAAUCCCGUACUUCCAUCAACAGGCCUAGGUCCAUGUGGUGGUUCACUACCGUUCCCCACGAAUGCGGCUCUCGGUCCGCAGCUUGCGGGUGCAGCACUUCUAGGACGACCAUUAGUGCCACAACCGCCGCCAUCGUUUGCACCAAGGAAACCUGGUCGAUGGUGUGGAAUGCAUGUGAAGAUCGCACACGAUAUCGCUGCUUAUCGGCAGUCGCAACAACAGAAGGACAAACAAGGUGUUGCCGGAGCUGUGGUUCAGGCUGAACAGCGUGUACGGGCUGCAGCAGCUCCACCGUCGGUGGCAACGGUUGCCAGCACGUCGCAGACGACGUCCGUUGGUGCGGAAGCGACUUCAGUCGUAGCUGCGCAACAUAUCGCUAUGCAACAUGCAGCAUUGUCUGCUGCUAGAGGUGUUGGACCACAGGCACCACACUGCUUGCCAUCGACAUCAUCUGCAACUGCUCCAGCUGGAUUUCCGUCAUUAGCGGGUCUACCGCCACAAGCAUUGCAAGGUCUUACACUCUCUGGUAAUCCGCAGAUGCUUUCAGCACUACAGGAAGCCAGACGUGUUGCUGCCACUACUCCGAAGCCACCACAACCGCAGAUGAAUCCACAACGGCCUCCGUCCGCUAUGCCACGCACUCCACAACAACCGUCCGGUCUUUCUUUGCCUCCUGGAUUUGCCUCCCUAGGCACAGCUGGCCUCUCCUUAUCUGCUCCGGCACCUGCGGCUGGGUCCAUUACGAAUGGUACCAGCGAUGCUGCUGCAGCACAACAAGCUAUGUUGCAAGCUGUUAUGCAAAUGCAGCAACAACAUCAGCAGCAACUUCUUCAACAGCAGCAACAACAACAAGCCGCUGCUGCUGCGGCAGCAGCAGCGCAAGCAGCUCAACGUGAGCGAGAACAACGAGAACUGCAAGCCCAACAACAGCAACAACAACAAGCACAGUUGCAGCAACAGCAUGUUGCACAACUUGCUCGAAAUCACAUAUCAAACCUGCCACCUGGAUUAGCUGGUGCUGCUGGACACAUGCUUUUAAACCAAGCGCAAUUGUUACAGUUGCAAAUGCUCCAACAAUUAGAUCCUACCAGGGCUGCCACUUUGGCUGCUGCAGCGGCUAUUCAGCCGCACACGGCUCAGGGAACUCCAGGCCAACCUUCUCAAUUAGAUCUCGGAAUAUAUCGUGCUCAUAUGGAACAGCAGCAACAACAACAACAACAACAGCAACAGCAACAGCAGCAGCAGCAGCAGCAACAGCACCAGCAGCAACAGCACCAACAGCAAAACCUGUUGUUUGCUCAAGCGCACGCUCAAGCUCAGGCACAGCAGCAGCAGCAACAGCAAGCUGUGCAGGCUCAAGCAGCACAACAGCAACAAUCUGGAGCUGUCGAUCCGCGUGAGGCGCUUCUAAGACUGUAUAACCAGUCGUCAGCUGUUGCUUCUGGUCGUAGCGGUAUCGAGGCAUUAUUAAGUGCCCAGCAAGCGGCAGCAGCUGCACAACAACAACAGCAGCAGCAACGUAUGUCGACUGGAUACUGUGGAGCCGGUGGACUGCCGCCUGGACUUGCAGGCCUGACUGCUGCGCAGCACGCCUCUAUAGGUGGAGCGCCAACGUCGCAGUCAUCGUUAUUCAAUCCAGCACUACUAGGAUUGCCAGGUCUUGGCGCUCAGUACGCGAAGCCGUUCACCGCUAACCUGCAGCAGCUUAACCAAAUGAAGCGUGACGGGGGUGAUGUAAUCCCAAAUGGUCGGUAG